ACAGCAACGACGAAGAUUCUCGGUUGAUUUUGCUCUUGUGCUCGCCAACAAAACAUUUUGACGUGUCCGCGUAUGCAAGAAGAAAGAAGUGAAAAAAAAAACAAUUUUAGUGCAGAAAUCAACUAAAAAUCAGUUUUGUUUAGCAAAAUUUGUGUGUUUUGUGCGCACACAGGGGAAAAAACCACGGUCCAAACCGAUUCGUCUAUGCUGGGUGAUGUGAGUGCAAUCGGCAGUAGAGCUGGAGCUGGAAUUGUCAUCGUCUUCGUCGUCGCCGUCGUCGAAGAUGAGCUGGUUCGACACGACGGGUAUCGCCAAUCUGGCAAAGACGGCCCUGAAGGAGGCUCAGAAACAAAUUGAUAAGGCCUUGGACAUCAAGGAGGACGACGAGGAGUGUGGUGGUGUUCCCGCGGAAGCUUCCGUCAAGGUUGCUCGCUCGGUUUCGGGUGGCAGCAAGACGGAACCGUGCAGUCCGGUUAGUGAAGAAGUGCGAGGUGCAGGUAACGUCGGGAAGGGUCAGGUGGACAGUAUCUGGGGAUCAUUUACGGGGUCAUUUUUCGAGCAGCCUGUAACGGCUGCCAAUGUGACGGUCACGAAACCACCCUCCAGUUUGAAGCGUAAAAGCUUUGAAGAUUCCGGAAUGGCUGAGGUGCCGAAGUGUAGUUUCAAGGAGGACCCGGAAAGGGGCACGAGUGGUUCACCGGAAAACAGUUCCGAGUCGAUUGAGUUGUUGAGCCCGGUAACGACGUCCGGAUCGGCGUUGACUUCGCCGAGCUCGGGACCGACCAUGCAGGAGUCGGAAUCGGUUGAGGUCAUCAAGGUGUUGGGAACGGCUUCCAGUGUUUCAUCGCCGGAAUCGAUUACGACACUGGACCGAACCCCGGAGCUUGAAGGUGAGGAAAUGAGAUUUACUUCGGUGGAACUGGGCGAUGAUGAUAUCAGUGUGGAAGAGGAUUCCGUUUCUUAUACCUUGUCCGAACAACCGAUCACGGUGAUGGAAACCAGUGAGGGGAGUGGUCCUAUUACGGUACCCCCUAGCCGGAGUAGUCUGCAUUUGAGUUUGGAUAAAUCGCGGCAGAUGACGUUCUCGGAGGUAUCUUUUUGUGAGACGGAAGAUUCGAAUGAUUCCGAGACAACGGUUAUUUCCGAGGAUAAACAGAAACCGUCGGAGGAACAGCUGGAUAAGUCGUACGAGAAUAUCGAGAUUCAGACGCAGAUCUCGGAUUCCACGCAAAGUUUUGAGGAGAUUCAGGUAUCGCAGAUUUCGGCGGAGCAGAAACAGCUGCUGCAGCUUCAGCAUCAGGAAGGAAGUUCAUCGCAGAAUUCUGGUGAUGAGAUUGAGACGGCCACUUCUUCCGACAUCGAGAUCAUUUCCAGUCCGAACGGUGAUUCGAGUAGUACGAAUAGUGGAGCCUACCGAACCAGUCCGCUGAAGAUCCCCGAUGGCAAGGGCAAUAUCGAUAUAAUGAUGAUUAAGAAACGAGGCCACAAUAGGGAAUUGUCGGAGGUAUCUGUUCAGAGUAUCAGUAGCGAUGAUUUGGGAGAAACGGAGAAGCUGAUGCGCAGGAUUGCAGAGAUUUCGGAGAUUCUGGAGCAGAGAGAGUUCCGCCUGCUGGAAAUGGGUCGACAGAAUGCCGAACUUCAUGAACAAAACUGUCAGCUUAGUGUUCAGCUGGAAUCGAAACAGAAACGUGCGGAGAGUACCGAAUCGGAAGAGUACACGCAAAGAUUGUCCGCCUUGGAGAAGAAGUUUCAGCAGUCGAUUCGGGAACGGGAAGCGUACAAGCGGCAGCUGGAUGCAGCGAGAUCAGAAGCACAAGCUAAAAUGAACCGAUCGGAUGUUGAUAAAAUGCUGGAGGAAAAGGACACUAUGAUCGAGGAGUUGAAGAAGGAGGGCGAAAAUUUAUCCAAGCAGGUCUUAAACCAUUCCAACAUAAUCAAAAGGAUUCGAUCGAAGGAAAAGGAGAAUGAGGCGUUAAUCAAAAAGCUGAAGGAAGAUAACGGGAGUCUGACGGAGGAAUCUGAGCGUCUUCGGCGAUCGCUUUCCGCCAAGGAGGAAGUUGAGCGGUCGCAGAUCGAAGCCGUGCACAAACUGUGCUCCGAUAAGCGUAAGCUAGAGAAAGAAAACGGAUCCCUCAAGAGUCAGUUGGAUGAUCAGAUUCAAAAGCUGGAAACGUUGAAGAAAAGUUUUGAGUUUGCCAAGAAAGAACUAACCGAGAAGACGGAAGCUUACCACGAGCUGGUACGGAAAUCUUCUCUGUUGGCUACGAUGGAAACGGAGCACGGGAAUAUGCAGAGAUUGAACGAACAGAUCAGUACGGAGUUGGAAGAUAUGAGGGAAAAGGUUCGGAGAAGCGAAGCGGAACACGUUCAGCGCAUCCAGCGGUUGAAGAAUGAAAACGCCGAACUGUUGCUGCGAGUUGAGGAAACGGAAACACGGUCGGAAGAGGAGAAGAACGCCACCGCUAUGGUUACAGUUCCGUUGAUGAAGCAGAUCGAGUCGCUUCAGCAUGCGUUACGAAACAAGGAACGACUUUGGGAACAACGUGAAGCGGAUAUUGCUCGCAAGUUAGAUGAUUCGCUGGAGAAGUCUAAAGCUCUCGUGGAUAACGAACGAACUCUGAAAGAGCAGAUUUUUACUCUUAACGGAAGAAUUUCCAACCUGGAGGAACGACUGACGACUGCGCUGUUCAAAUCCGAAGACAUCACAAACAGUCUCCAGCAGAAGCAGAUCGAGCUGGAGCUUCUCGAAAACGAUUACAAAUUAAAGGUAAAAAGCCUCGAAGAUGAGCGUAGCCUACUGAACACCAAACUUUCCGAGCUGGCUACUAUUUCGUCGGAACAAGAACGCAAACUUAUCGCCCAGAAAGAACAAUUGGAUACUCUCACCAGACAGCACCAGUCUGUUGGAAAACAUCACGAAUCGGCAUCGGCAUCGAGCAACAAUCGUCAAUCGCCGCCAUCGCCCACUUCCCAGGCUGGUGGUGGUGGUGGUGCCCUUGGAAUUAUGGGUGAAUCCCGAACAUCAUCGCCAACGCCGAGCAUGGGAAAUCUGUCGCUACCGGAAUCGAUCGGUAGCAUCCCUUGGAACCAGACAGAUGACGACGGGAUGGGAUCGAACAACGGACGGCAAACCAUCGGUGGGGCACCACUACUCCACACGACCUCACUGUUGGAGAAUCUGCAGGCCACACUGAAGCAGCGCGAUGGCGAAGUCUACCAACUGCAGUGGGAAUUGUCACGCUUCCAGCAGGAACGCAGCGUGCUGCAUGCGGAGAUCUCCAGUCUAACGGCAGAAUUGGAAAAUAUCAAGGAAAAAUCCGAACGUACGGCUAAGCUGGAAGAGGAAUUUACCCAACUGCAGGAACGGUACGAUGCGCUGCUGCAACUGUACGGUGAAGCCGUCGAAAAGACCGAGGAACUCCAGCUGGAUCUGGUCGACGUGAAGGAGAUGUACAAGCUGCAGAUUGAUGAUCUGCUGCGACAGGUCGCCGAACGGAGGCAGUUAUAGUAGUAGUUGUCCGCAGGACCGAAGCAACAGUGGCAGUAGCUGCUGCCAGCGUAGGAAACGGUAGAUCGCUUACGGUCAGUCAGUGUCAGUCGCUAUAGCUAUUGAGUAGUUGUGCGGAUUGGAGGGUGUAGUUAAUAGAACCGCUUGUUGAGAUUGACCUGGAUGUGGUUAAUGUGCUUGCCAAGUUUGUGCGGUAUGCGUCGUUAGAGGGGUGGGGGGAACAAAAACCAAGCUGUACAUAAAUAGGUCGCUUUUUUCUUGGUUUUUGGGCGGGUUCGAUUUUAUUCGCGACUAGCUGAGAACAGUUUCGAGGGGACGGGCUUUAUUGUAGCUUUGUUAAGUCUUGCGCCUGUUUCGGAUCAGCACACGGAGGUGGAAGUCGUAGGAUAGCCAUGUUUUUUAGCGGUUACUUGUAGUACCGAGCUAAAUCUAAAAGAUGUAAAAUGUCAUCGUACUGCAACUAUUCAGUUGUUUAAAACAAGAAUAAAUAUCCAACACAAUAAAUUGCUUUAUAUCAUUUUAAGCUAAACUUCACACUUUCGAACUUAUAUAUGAAGCUCCUAUAUAGAAUAAUAUAUUUAUCCCACAUAUUAA